UGUCAAUGAAACGAAAGUGCUUGUGAUGAGCGAAGACGAUUAAAAAAAGUGUCGAUAGGUCAAUAUUACAAGGAAUUUACCCAGAAUCUUCAGGUAUCUACAAAAUAUAAUAAAUAACCACCCUCGCAUGUGAGGGUACUAUGUGGUGGUGCUGUUCUUCUUCCGCUAGUUCAGGACCGAUGGCUGCGAUACGUAAAAAAUUAGUGAUUGUUGGUGAUGGUGCAUGUGGUAAAACCUGCCUGUUGAUCGUGUUUAGUAAAGAUCAGUUCCCGGAAGUGUAUGUGCCGACUGUAUUUGAGAAUUACGUUGCCGACAUCGAGGUUGAUGGCAAACAAGUGGAGCUUGCAUUAUGGGAUACAGCUGGCCAAGAAGACUAUGAUCGGCUGCGGCCCCUUUCAUAUCCAGAUACCGAUGUGAUUCUUAUGUGCUUCUCAGUCGAUUCGCCCGACUCCCUCGAAAACAUCCCCGAGAAGUGGACCCCAGAGGUGAAGCAUUUUUGUCCCAAUGUACCCAUUAUUCUUGUUGGGAACAAAAAAGAUCUUCGUAAUGACCCUGCGACAAUUAAUGAGUUGCGCAAAAUGAAACAGGAACCAGUCAAGCCGCAAGAAGGUCGCGCAAUGGCAGAGAAAAUAAAUGCCUUUGCUUACUUAGAGUGCUCUGCUAAAAGCAAGGAAGGUGUUCGGGAGGUAUUUGAGACUGCCACUCGGGCUGCAUUACAAGUUAAGAAGAAGAAGAAGACAAGGUGUUCUCUGCUGUAAUUGUGCUGUUGUCGCAAAAACUCUGAUUAUGAAUUGUUCGCAUACUGCCUAAAAUCUUAAGUUUGAUAUCUGGAACUCUGUAGCAGUUGCGAUGCUGGCCACACAGUGCUUCCUUCUUAUACUGACAGCUGACACGGCCGAGUAGCACGCACACCCACUCAGUAUUUGUGUGGCUAUACUUUCACAAUCGGUACUUGUAUAAUAUUUUAUAGAUUAUCUAUAAAUAAGUGUAAUUGCCUUAACAGAAAAGGAGGGGCGUGUGAGUCCUCUUCGGGGGGGUUGCACGGGAGAUUUGUGCUAUAUAUCAUGUUAUAAUUAUAUAAUCAAGUAGCAUUUCUUCAACUUAUAGAUUUUACCCCUUGACCUGUGUUGUCUCAGCGAGACUUCUUGUUUAGUUUGGUAUUUUGUAUUUUAAUUUUUCAAUAAAAUAGUGUAUAAAUUGUG